UCGUUCUCGAAUCACCUGCAUUGCGUGUCGUGGCUUUUUGGCCGUACGUGCUAAUAUUCUCCAUUCGUUUUUCUUCUAUUCUGAAACCCUCAUACCAAUUUGUCGAAAAACAAAAAAUGUGUCUUACAGUUGAACUCUAAAAGUAAAUGAGUGUGAGUUGUAAUUGCUAAUUACGCCAAAUCAAUUAAUCAAAUGCGGUAGUGGUAAAAAGCAGAAGCGAAACUACGCUGCAGAAAAAUUGCUACUUUUUUGCCUUCUGAGUGUGAGAAAAUUUAGAAUUUUACCAGCAGGUUGUCCAACAGUGUCGGUUUGGAAAGGUGUGGCGAAGUGAUAAGUGAAAGGGAAGACAUCUGAAUAUACGUCGAGCGAAACGAGAUUGACCAGCGUAUACGCACAGCAGUACUCCAAGGUACACGUAUGGGUGCUUGUGAAUAUCAAAGAGGGAUACUAUCUAUAUCAGUCCAGAAUCGUUGAAGUAAGCAGUAAUUAUUCGAACCCGAAACUGGAGAAGAGUUCCUCGAGCAACAUUCACUGACUAUAUACAGCUGCAAUCGUCGUUGUCGUAGCAGUUAAUAUGUACAUAUAAUUAUACGUUUCGAUUACCCCGGAUACCAUACAGGAGCUCUGAACUUAGUAAAUUGGCUCUAGUAUUAUAGUGCACCUAGUAGUGUGCGGCAAAAUCAAGCGUUUUUUUACGUAACCCCCGGUUCAUGAGGUUGCAUUAAGACCUAGGAUCUAUCUCUUGUACGCUGGCCAUUGGGCGUCCAUGAAGAUAUUUUUUGUGGUGUAGUAAGUCCACCUUGUGCAAGACCUCUUCACAAAGAGAGGCAAAAAGCGCUGCAAAUUCUGCUGGUCAUACACGAUUCGCUUCACCUGCAGUGGUGGCACUCUGUUGCUAGACUGGUCUAACCGGGUGAAGAAAGGGAGACACGAAAACAAGGUGAACAAAUAAACAGAAAGAUGUCUAUCGAGGAUCGAUUCAACGCCGCUGUGAACGUUAUUCGGGGCUUGCCGAAAAAUGGUCCCUACCAACCGAGCAAUGAUAUGCUCCUGACUUUCUAUUCGCUUUUCAAGCAAGCGACCAAAGGAAAGUGCUCGGAGCGAAAACCAGCAUUUUGGGAUGUGGUUAGUCGAGCUAAAUGGGAUGCUUGGAACCGGCUGGGAGAAAUGCCAAAAGAAACGGCCAUGCAGAAGUAUGUCGAUGAGUUGAAGAAGAUCGUCGAAACGAUGUCCUACACCGACAACGUGGCCAAUUUCAUGGAAUACGGCGAUGAGAGCGUCAACAUCAACGAUCUAGAGAUGGUCGCCCCGGACGCCAUUCAACAGGUACGUUCCCGUCCCAAUUCACCGUUGGCAUCACGCGAUGCCAGUCCAGCCCGAGUGUCGCCAGUUACAACGGCUGGUACAGCACAACAAAAUCCACUUGUUAAUGGAUACCACAAUGGUGCUGUGGUGAAGCCGUUACUCACCAAUGGCUACCAUCACUACUAUCAGAACGGAAACUCCCAGUCGGACAUGAGCGAUGACGAGUACAUCGACACGGUGGAUGAUUCCGAAACCGAGUAUCCGUUCCGUCCGAUUGAAGCUGCGUCAUCGGUUCACGUGUCGCGCAAUCGGAUGACACAAUCUGCUGCUGCCGUUGAGUCUGCUGCGAAUCGAGAAUUGCAUCCAGAGGUUACUGCGCAACUUAACCGGGCUAUUGAACGGCUCAACGCGAGUGUUCAGCAGAUCAACAAUCGUAUCAAUGUCGUGGAACAAACGAUCGCCCAGCAUCGGCCAUUGCCGGCUAGAAACUACCCGUCCUGGUGGCCGUUCGAGGAGAUCUCGCCACGGUUACUGGCUGUGGUAAUUUUGUGGCCACUCGUGGUCAACCGGAUGGUCUCGCUGCUACGAAGCAAAUGAACUCGCUAGCUAGCUGCUUGUUAGUUUAGUUCGAAGGCGGUGUUACUAACUUGAGUGCGGUGUAAAUACUAGUGAUUUUAGGUUUAGAUUAUUUUUCGGCUGAACAGAAGUGAAAUUACAGUGCAGAAAACAGAUUUGUGGCAUAUUUCAAGCGGCUUUAAACGGCUAGGCUAGUUACAUUCCGGCUGGGUGCAGGUUGCCUUUGUAAAAAAAAUAUCCAAGGUUGCUCAGGUAUUUUGCGUUGAAGGCAGAGAGGUUGCAGUAUAUUUUAUUGGUUAUUCAAGUUAGAGCAGAGCAAAGAAGCACGGAUGCAACUGUUAGGCACAAAAGUGCAUUUUACAUUCGUAUGGAUUCUUGGUUAUAUAUAUAUAUAUAUAUAUAUAUAUAUAUA